AUGUCCUUGAGUCGUCUACUUUUAUGCCUUUUAAUCCUAUACUCAGUGGAAAGAAUCGUCUCCCUGGUCGAGUUUACCAACAUCCAAUGCACUUCCUUGGGUGAAGAUUUCGCUGACUUUGAGUACUGCGUCCUGAAAUCCGUUAAUCGAAGUUUUAAAUACAUAUCACUCAAAGUCAAGUUAUUUAAGCUUCCCAUAACCAAAAUUAAGGUAAACUUUGCCUUGCUCAAGAGAUACAGUGGUUAUAAGCCUUUUCUGUACAACAUAACCGUGGAUGCCUGCAAAGUUAUAAAGAAUCCGAAAUACAACCCAGUUAUGGACUUCUUUUACAGCUGUUUCAAGGAUUUCUCCAACAUGAAUCACACCUGUCCUUUUGAUCAUGAUAUUAUUUUGGAAAAACUUCCCAUAGCUUAUGUUAACACAAAAUUCACAGCUGUUUUGCCUUUUCCCGUUGGCGAUUAUCUUUUCCAAACUAGUUGGAUAGCAUACGAUGUCAACCGGGCUAAUGUCAAUGUUUAUUUCACUCUUUCUUAAGAAACUUUUGGCUAUUUUGAAAGUCAAUC